CGAACAGAUCCGCUCAUUAUGUCGCCUUGUACCGUUGCCACCUGUGCUACUCCCGGAUUUUCUAACAAUUACCGUGCAGUCCGAGCUCUUCUGCUUACCAUGGCUACAGCUAGGCGCCCUCAUAUCGCGGUCCGGACAUGUCCAACUCUUGCUCCAUAUUCUGUCAAUCGCAAGGAAACCAUCUAUCGUUCACAGCAUGCGACGACUUAGAGAACGAAUUUGCCUUGCUUUGCUCGUGCUCAGACACGCCAGUUCUCAAUGCCCUGUCCUGUUUACAAAAUCUGUGUUCAUCGGACGAGUUCAACGCCCUCGUUGCUUCGGAAGAGUCGCGUUGCGGUGCAGCUGCCGUGUCCGGCAUUACAACAAGCUCCACUCCGGCACAAACUGUCACCGUCAUUGCGACCGAGCCUACACGCGUCACCGUCACCGUGGAAAAUCCUCCCAGACCAACAUCUACUGGUCCUUCCCGGUCGGGGGUCACGCUUUCCUCCACUACAACUUCAUCGACCACGAACAACAUUGAAAUUACCGUCUCUGCGACCCCUCCCUCCUCUUCCUCUUCGUCCACACCGCCCAGCGCCAGCGUCGCAGCCACCGCAGCAACAGGCACCCACU